UGCUGCUGCUGACAGCGGAACUCGGGUCUGUAUGAGUUUAGCUCUCUGACAGUGUUUUUACACCGUCUUGCCCUGCCAUAUAUCCUCUGUAUAAACCCCCUCUGCUGCACACAAAGAUUUGUACUGACGAACAGAGGAGGAUGUCUGCGACUGUGAAUAAUCCUUUCCAACAUAUAGUUGAGCCCCUGGACCCCAAGGACCCAACACAGCAGUUUUACAAUCUUUCCAAACUUGGAGAUCCCAGAUAUGAGCGUCUCCCGUUCUCCAUCCGGGUCCUCCUGGAGUCUGCUGUCAGGAACUGUGAUGAGUUCCUGGUGAAGAGCUCAGAUGUGGAGAGCAUCCUGAACUGGAAGCAAACCCAGACUCAAACUGUGGAGGUCCCGUUCAGACCGGCUCGAGUCAUCCUGCAGGACUUCACUGGAGUUCCUGCUGUGGUGGACUUUGCUGCCAUGCGGGACGCCGUGAUGAAACUCGGCGGAGACCCAGAGAAGAUUAAUCCUGUCUGCCCUGCUGACCUGGUCAUCGAUCACUCCAUCCAAGUGGACUUUAACAGGAAGUCUGAUAGCCUCCAGAAAAACCAGGACUUGGAGUUUGACCGCAACAGAGAGAGAUUUCAGUUCUUAAAGUGGGGCUCUAAAGCCUUCAGGAACAUGCGGAUCAUCCCUCCCGGUUCAGGGAUUGUUCACCAGGUCAACCUGGAGUACUUGGCCAGGGUGGUGUUUAACUUUGAUGGGUACUUCUACCCCGACAGCCUGGUGGGCACGGACUCCCACACCACCAUGAUUGAUGGACUGGGAGUCCUGGGCUGGGGUGUGGGUGGAAUUGAGGCGGAGGCUGUAAUGCUGGGUCAGCCAAUCAGCAUGGUACUUCCUGAGGUGGUGGGAUACAAAUUGUCCGGGACCCCAAACCAGUUCAUAACCUCCACUGACAUCGUCCUCACUGUCACUAAGCAUCUCCGUCAGGUGGGUGUCGUUGGAAAGUUUGUGGAGUUUUUUGGCCCGGGUGUGUCUCAGCUGUCCAUUGCUGACAGAGCCACCAUCGCCAACAUGUGUCCAGAGUACGGAGCCACGGCAGCCUUCUUCCCCGUGGACGAGGUCAGCGUUCAGUAUCUGGAGCAGACCGGGCGAGACGCAGAGAAGCUGGCCUACAUUACAAAGUACCUGAAGGCAGUGUCCAUGUUCAGAGACUACAACAAUGUCUCCCAGGAUCCAGACUUCACCAGGAUUGUGGAGUUGGACCUCACUACAGUGGUUCCAUGCUGCAGCGGCCCCAAAAGACCUCAGGACAGAAUUGCUGUGUCUGAUAUGAAAUCAGACUUUGAAUCCUGCCUGGGAGCCAAGCAAGGCUUCAAGGGUUUCCAGAUUCCUCCGGAGCGUCACAGCACUGCUGUCCCCUUCCAGUUUAAUGACAAAGAUUAUACAUUAAACCACGGCUCUGUGGUCAUCGCUGCUAUCACCAGCUGCACCAACACCAGCAACCCCUCCGUCAUGCUGGGGGCAGGGCUCCUUGCAAAGAAAGCAAUAGAGUGUGGCUUGAGUGUGAAGCCGUAUAUAAAGACAAGCCUGUCCCCCGGCAGCGGGGUGGUCACCUACUACCUGAAGGAGAGCGGAGUGAUGGACUACCUCUUUCAGCUGGGCUUUGAGGUUGUUGGCUAUGGUUGCAUGACCUGUAUAGGCAACAGUGGGCCGCUCCCAGAGCCGGUGGUGGAGGCCAUUACCCAGGGUGAUCUGGUGGCUUCGGGCGUCCUAUCAGGAAACAGAAACUUUGAAGGCAGAGUCCACCCCAACACCAGAGCCAACUACCUGGCUUCCCCCCCGCUCGUCAUCGCCUACGCUAUAGCCGGCACUGUGAGGAUAGACUUUGAUAAAGAGCCAAUUGUCUCCGGUUCUCCCCGGUGCUUUGCCGAAACGCCGGUCGGCUUCAGCCUCACAGGGACUCACGGCAGUCGUUGUCCCAACUAUCACCCGUGA